CUUCUGUCAACAUGGCCACAGGGCUUCUCAUUCUCUGGCUGGCGAUGGGACUCGGGUGGCUUUUUCCGACACCUACAUCAGCAGAGCUCACGGUGACGGGCAUACUGGGCCAGGCGGUGACCCUGCCCUGUCUUUAUUCACCGUGGUCUCAGAGCCGCAACAGCAUGUGCUGGGGGAAAGGCCCCUGCCCCAAGUCCAAGUGCACCCAGGAGCUCCUCCACACGGAUGGGGCCAGAGUGAUCGCAGGGAAGUUGGACAAAUACCAGCUCCAGGGAGACAUCCAGCAAGGCCACAUCUCGCUGACCAUCGCCAAAGCCGAGGAAGGGGAUGCAGGCGUGUACUGCUGCCGCAUCGAGGUGCCCGGCUGGUUCAAUGACGUGAAGAGGAACAUCCACCUGCUGCUCAAGAGAGCCCCCAAGCCCAAGGUCUCAACGACAACAACGACUACAAGUCCAACAACCACCCCUCGCCCAACCACCGCCUUUCACCUGGCGACCACCACCGAGGGGCCUCCGACCACAGUCAUGACCACAUCUGCUCUCACAACCAGAGCACCCCCGCAGACCAGCGCUUCCUCCGUGCUCCCAACCGCGGGGACCACGUGCCCCACGCCCAGCUCCAGUCCCCUCCCACAGCCAUCCACACCCCUCAGCACUGAGACCUCCACCGGCCCGUCCACCCCAGCUGCAGAAUCAGAGACCUCUCUUCAAUCUACCAACUCCCCCGGAGCCACAGAGGCCCCUCCUGCAGAAUCUGCCUUGCCCAAGUCCAAAGGGAUGGAAGGCUGGGUUCUCUGGUCCCAAUCCCCCGCCAUGAAAAGGGGAAGGAAAGACAUGGAGGCGUCUCGGUCUGGAGGUCAGAAGGAAAACACUGGGUACAGUAAUGGCGAAUCAAAUCAGGUCACUGUCCCCCUGAUCAUUGCCUCCACCAUGGGAUUUGUGCUGUUCCUGGCUUUCCUCUUGGCAUUUCUCCUGCGAGGAAAAUUGAUGAAAACCAACUGUUUGCAGAAACACAAGAGGCUGGACACCACUGGAGAAAGCAAAACGGUGCUAGAUGACUUGCAACAUGGCGGAGACGACGAAGAGGGACUCUUCACCCUCUAACUCUCAACUUUUCUCAGGACUCUCCACAUCUCUCCCGACUGGGCACGGGGGAUGCCACCCCAGGGUCCAAAUAGGCCCCAGCAUGGUUUCAUUUUUGUUGGGUUCAUUUUUCAUUUUGAACGUGCCAUCUUUUCCAUGGA